AUGAUAAUCAUAAAGGCCGACCUUCCGGACAGAGAAGAAGAGGUUGCUCUGGAAAAACUGGGUCGCCUUCAGCACAAGGACAUACUGGAGAAAGAUUUCGCGCAGAGACUGAAGAAACGCAUGGAGAAGGUAUUCGAGGGACAGUGGAGUUGCAUCGUUGGAUCGUCUUUCGGGAGGUAA